AUGGGAGUUAAAGUAGUUAGAGAUGCAGUGGUACAUCAAUUCUUUGCAUCGGCUUCCAGAAAUGCACUUCUUGGCCAUAUUGGUGCGUUGGAAAAGGCUUUACAACGAUACUCGGCGAACCCGAGUAUUGUUCCGCCCAGAAUUGUCCGUGACACACCCAAGAGCGGUACUUUACACAUGAUAAUGCCUGUGAUUGAUGAUACCUACUGUGGCGUCAAAACGUUAGGUUUCAAUCCAAAUGGGAACACAGGGUUUGUAGGUUCUGUCAACGUUGUCGAACCCGAUUCUGGAGCUUUGGUCGGCGUCGUCGACGCUAAAGUUUUGACUGCGGUCCGGACUGCUAUGUCCAGUUGUAUUGGUCUCUUGAAGUUCAUCGAUCUACUGGGACCCUCUGUCACUGUGACGGUGUAUGGAACAGGGUUGCAAGCGUUUUGGCAUUUGUUUCUUGCGUCGCGAUUGCUCGAGGGCAAGGACGUUUCAGCUAACAUUCUGUAUCGCUCGAAGCGCAUGGAAUCGAAAGAACUCGAACGAUACUUCCCCAAGUUGAAGAUCAACCAAAUUAACGUCAGCGACUCGGCCCAAGUUUCCGACGUUGUUGCAAAGAGUGGUAUCAUUUUUGGAUGUAUUCCAUCCGAAAGGCCAAGCAUUCUAGCAGCGUACCUAGACAAGGAAGGCGCUCCUUUUACUUAUGUAUCCUUGAUUGGAAGCUACAAACCUCAUAUGCAUGAGUGCGACGAAUCUCUGAUCAAUUAUUUCAAAGAUCAAAAAGCCGGUAUUAUCGUUGAUUCUACGAAUGACAGUCUUCUUGAAUCUGGAGAGCUCAUUGAUGCCAAGGUUGCGCCUGAACAAUUAGUUGAAUUGGGCAAACUGAGCGAAAAUUCUAAAAAUUUGAAGGCUUUAUUUCCUCACCAAAGGCAAGUGGUUCUUUCCAAAAUAGUUGGAAUUGCCAUCAUGGACGUCAGCGUUGCCUCAGGAUUACUACAGUCCAUGGCCAAUGAAAGCGAUUAA